AUGUCGCAUCUCCCAGCUUCGGAUACGCAGCAGCUUAUCACCAAGAUCAAUGGUGGCUCUUUUCUGUUGGGCGACCUUAGCGUCGAAAGAUGCCCUAAGCUAGAGACCGGAGAAGUCACAAGUGAAGUCCUCAAGCAGGUCUACGCGCAAAUGGUCGACGAAGUCUUCAAGACUUUCCAUUUGGACAAGACCGAAGCCAUGCUAUACUUCAAGAGAUGUGUCAAAAAGCUCGCCGCCGUGGAGCUACAGGAGCAGACUGGACAACCUGCUUGCAUCCCAGCGCCUCAUCUCGUUUCAGUCAUUGUGCUGCUCACCAUUCGCCGCGCGCGAAUCAACACAGAUAGGUUUGCUAAAAAGAACCAACCUUUUGCGCGCCUGUUUCGACACUGCCAGAUGGCUCAGUGGCUACCCAUUGCUGUAAAGUACUAUGAGCAGAUGCACAAUGAGUCCUUCAUCUUGAAAACCAACCAGAACACGAAGAAGCCUGUAAUCACACAAAAGACUCAGGAUGGUCAUGAAGUCUGGGUUGUCUACACCAGCGGUCACUCACCUUCCGGACCGCGCACCCUGCCUGCCCAGAUUGUGGAGCAGAUUAAGGGUUUAGAGACACCUACCGACCCAGAUAUCACGAUGAGUGGGAAUGACGUCGUCUCAGCCGAUUCCAACGAUCCUCAAGAGGACCAGCCCAUCUCUGUGAUACUGGCAACUACACGAUCUGAAGCCAUGCAGUCUGGAGCGGAGGUCCUGGGUAAGCUAUUCCAGCCAGGCGUUGAUCAAGCGUCACUCAAGCUUGAAUUCGAUUUGUGGCUCAGCGAGCCACACAUCUGUGUCAUGCCUCGGGGGACUAAGAAUGAUCUCUUUUUCUGGUGCGACCACCAUUCCCGCAGCUGGUGUACGUUGAUCAGGUCAUGCCUGGAUGAAGACCGGGAGACUUGGAUUCUUGAGACAGAGGUCCCCUCGGACUCCAACCUUACCAUCCCCAAGGGGGGUGAUUUGGACUUCUUACGACUCUACGGCCAGCUUGCCACCAAGGCUUUCCUCCUCAAGAGCUCGAACCCUGAAGAAGCCAGUCGUCUCAUGGAAAGGGUUGGCAAUGGCAUCAGGCUGUUUGCAGCCAAAGCUUGCGAAAAACAAGCCACUGUCGAAGAGGUAAAAAAGCGUUUGGUUGAGAUGGCAAAGGUUUGCGAAGGAAUGGCCGACACCAUGGGGCAGCUGGACGACCAACGUCGGGCUAAGAAGGCUGAAAUCGCAGAGCUUUGGUCUAUGCAUGUCCAUCGGACUGGCAAUGUCCCAGACUGCCUACGACGUAUCGCUCUCGCCAACUGCACCCCCGAAGAGAUGCAGGAACUCAACGCCAUCACCGAACCUGAUGCGGAAGACUCUUCGCAAAGUGAUUCGGAUUGGGGUGAUCUACAGCAUUGGCUUCAGAGCUGA